AUGGCGGAGCAGGAGGGCCCCGAGUUCGGCAAGGCCGACUUCGUCCUGCUGGACGAGGUCACCAUGGAGCACUUCAUGGAGAACCUGCGCCUGCGGUUCUCGAAGGGCCGCAUCUACACCUACAUCGGGGAGGUGGUGGUGGCGGUGAACCCGUACCGGGCGAUGGGGCUCUACAGCCCCGCCGUGGUGGAGCAGUACCGGGGCCGCGAGCUCUACGAGCGCCCGCCGCACCUCUUCGCGCUGGCCGACGCCGCCUACAAGGCCAUGAAGCGCCGCGCCAAGGACACCUGCAUCGUCAUCUCGGGUGAGAGCGGGGCGGGGAAGACGGAGGCCAGCAAGUACAUCAUGCAGUACAUCGCCGCCAUCACCAACCCCACCCAGCGCGCCGAGGUGGAGAGGGUGAAGAACGUGCUGCUGAAGUCCAACUGCGUCCUGGAGGCCUUCGGCAACGCCAAGACCAACCGCAACGACAACUCGAGCCGCUUCGGCAAGUACAUGGACAUCAACUUCGACUUCAAGGGCGACCCCACAGGCGGCCACAUCCACAACUACCUCCUGGAGAAGUCCCGAAUCCUCCAGCAGCAGCCGGGAGAGAGGAACUUCCACUCCUUCUACCAGCUGCUGCUGGGAGCCCCCGAUGCGCUGCUGGCCUCGCUGCACCUCUGCCGGGACCCUAGCGCCUACCGCUACACCCAGGAGGGUGCCCAGGGCAGCGCUGGCAGUGACGAUGCGGACGGCUUCCGAGCGGUGGAGGAGGCGAUGGCCAUCAUUGGCUUCUCCCCAGAGGAGGUGGGCGCCGUGCACCGCAUCCUGGCGGCCAUCCUGCACCUGGGCAACGUGCGCUUCGUGGCGGAGGGCGAGGAGGCGGCGGUGGAGGCGGCGGAGCAGCUGGCGGCGCUGGCCCAGCUGACGGCCACGGCCCCCGAGCAGCUCCGCAAGGCGCUGCUGGCCCGCACGGUGGCCACGGGCAGCGGGGAGCUGAUCGAGAAGGGCCACAGCCCCACCGAGGCCGCCUACGGCAGGGACGCCUGCGCCAAGGCCGUCUACGAGCGGCUCUUCAGCUGGAUCGUGGGGCGCAUCAACGCCAGCAUCGCGGCGCGGGGCUACGACGCGCGCCUGCACGGCAAGGGCACCGUCAUCGGCGUCCUCGACAUCUACGGCUUCGAGAUCUUUGACACCAACAGCUUCGAGCAGUUCUGCAUCAACUACUGCAACGAGAAGCUGCAGCAGCUCUUCAUCGAGCUCAUCCUGCGGCAGGAGCAGGCCGAGUACCAGCGCUGA